CAAUCAAGAAUGCUUCGAGGACACUUGACAGCUCACUUGGAUGUAUUCUGCAUUUGUUUGAAGGCUUUCCAUAUCAACUAGACACAAGCAUCAGCAAUAAGAAAAGAAACUAAAUGCUUGGAGGACACUGGACCGCUCACUUGGAUGUAUGUUGAACUUAUAGUAAAAAUAUAUAGGGAAUCAGACAUGCAGUUAUUAAGCCCAUGUUCAUGCAUGUGUCUACUGAUUGUAUAUACAGUGGGGAAAGUUCAGAAGCCUAGCUCCAGAAGCAGACCAGUGGCCAACCAAAAUUCCAACACAGAUCUGGAACAUUUAAGUCAGGUGGCGGAUUAUAUUGUCAACCAAGCUACUUGUAUGCGAGGUUAUGACAGUUCAAUAAUACCUGAACUAAUCUACAAAGUAAAUAACCAAACUAUUCAAGGAAACAACUCAAAAGUUUGUACAGAUAAUGAGACCCUUACAUCAUCCUGUUUGAAUGGGGGAUCUUGCUUUGCUGUAGAUAAAGGAGAUAGAAUAGUGCGAUGUGCAUGUUACACUGGGUAUAUAGGUAAACGCUGUGAAAGAAUAGACCCAAGCAUCACGUUCAAAUCAUUUGAAAAAAAAGAAGCCAUAAAUGGAAGACUUAUCCCAGGUAUUACAGCAUUAGUUGCUUUUAUACUUAUUGUGGUUCUGAUGGUUGUAUACAUAAGAAGAAUUGACAAGAAUUAUAGUGGUGAUCAACCAGAAACAACGAAGAUGAUUGGAAACACCUCGACAAAAUCAAUGAUGAUCAGAAAAAGAUGAAAAUAAUCAAACUCUGAUGGAGAUACUGAUUUUAUUAAGAUUGAUUUAUACCUAUAACAAUUGUUGAUUUCUUCGUUCAAUCAAAAAGUCCUUAUUGAAAUUCAAAAUACUUAUAAAGAAAAUCGUUUGAGUCUAUGUAUUGUAACGAUGAGAUAUUGUAUCAUUAUGCAAAUGCAAAGCGUAUAUUUAAAUCCAUAUCCGGAUGUCUAUCUUCAAAAUUAAAUACUUCAACUUUGUUGAUUUAAAAAUCAAGGUUUUGGUUAGAAGUUUGUUUGCUUGUUUGAAUAACACAAGCGUAAAUCUAAAGUUGACUUGUGCAAACAAAUAUUCUCAGAUACAUUUAUCACUAUCAAAUGCAUAAUUGUGUCUGUUUAUAUGAUAAUAUUUGUAUUACAUCUAGUAUAGUCGGAUUUACAUGGUAAUUUACUGAACACAAGGAGAAUGAAAUCAAUAUAAAAUGGGUCAACCAAA